AUGAAUAGUCACUUAUUCGAACAAAGUUUUGUAUACUGCAAUGUUUGCCAUAGAAGACAUUCGAUUGGAGAUCCGCUCAAUUUAACUUCCUGUGCACACAUUUUAUGUUCCCUUCAUGUCGAAAAUAGUCGUACAUGUCCUGUUUGUAAUACAGAUGAUAUUUCAAUAAUCAAACUUGCAGUUGAUAAGAAUUUACCUGCAGAUGUAAUUUCUUAUUUUGAACCUUUACCAAAUUUACUUGAGACAAUAUACAAUGUGUCGCAAUUUCAACAGCAAGCCUUAGUGAAUCAAAUUCAAUACUAUCAAACCCAUUGUGUUAAAUUAAGAGAAAAAGUUGCCAGACAACAACAAUUGUUGUAUAAGGCAAAACAAGAAUUAGAUUCAGUUUCAAGAUUGAGAAGUCGAAUUAUGGAACUAGAAUCUCAACUAAAACAUGAGAAUGCUAAUCCACAAAGUAUUUCAAAAUUUUUUGAUUCAAGAAAUUCUCAGAAAGCAAUUACUAGUUAUAGUCAGGAGCAUAAUAUGGAACCACCAAUGACUGUAGAUUUAACUUUGGAUGAUUCAGAAACCGAUGGAAAUACUUUUUUAACUAAACUAAAGAAAAAAACUUCAUUAAGGAAUAAUAUAGAGAACCAUAUGGAUCGAGGUAACAGAAACUUGAGUGGUUUACUUAAUACUAAUUCUAAUGGAUCGAUUACACAAGCUAUAACAAAAGCACAUCGUUCAACUACAGACUAUGGACCCCCUACAAAUGUACAAAAAAGUUUCAAUAAUAAUAUUAAUAAUAAUGUAGCAACACGUUAUAAUAACGUUUCUACAAAUGAAGCAUUCGAAGCUGAAUCAACCCAUUUAGCAAAAUAUAUUUAUUCUCCUAAUAAUGGGAGAACAAAUACAAAGGAAAAUAUAAAUUUAAGAAUAUCAUCUUUGUCGUCGUUGUCUUCAGAAGGUGCCUCCCAGGGACAAUCGUCCUUAACUUAUGGUUCUUCUAAUAGUAAUCAAACGAAAAACAGGAAUAGUAACAGUAGUAUGAAUCGAAGUAAAUUUCCCCAAGCACUUGAGAGAUUACGUAUUACCAAACGAAACAAUACUAUUACCACUAUCAACAAGGAACCAACUCGUUCAAUAUCUAAUAGUCAAGGAAUUAUUGCACAUAUGAGAAGUAGUCAUAAUAGAAACACCAACAAUAUCGGUAACAAUAAUAAUAAGAAUAAUUUUACAACAAAUAGGAGAAGUUUGACAUCGCAAGUAAUCAAUGGUAAAUAUCCCAAUUCAAAUAGCUCGAAUAUGAAAUCCAAAAAGAGAUAA